AUGGAACUGUUAGGAGUUGUAGACAGCGGAAGCGUGAAUUGUAAAACUGGCUGCCACCCAGAGAAUGGAUUUUGUGAAUUUCCCAGUGAAUGCAGGUGUCAACCUGGUUGGCAGGGUGCUCUCUGUAAUGAGUGUGUUCCUUUCCCUGGGUGUUUGCACGGCAGCUGUGCCAAGCCCUGGCAGUGCAUCUGCGAGGAGGGCUGGGUUGGCAGCCUCUGUGACAUAGAUAUUCACCCAUGUUCUACAAAGCCCUGCACCAAUAACUCAACAUGCAUAGAGACUGGCGAUGGAGGAUAUAUUUGUCUGUGUGCCCAGGGAUUUACAGGAAAAAACUGUCAUCUCAAAAAAGGACCCUGCAUUAUUAAUGGCUCUCCCUGCCAGAAUGGAGGAACAUGCAUCGAUGACAAUGGUUUUGCACCACAUGCUUCCUGCCUGUGCCCUUCUGGUUUUGCUGGCAACUUCUGUGAAAUAGAUAGAGAUGACUGUGAAUCCAACCCAUGUGAAAAUGGGGGCACGUGUACAGAUAUCGGUGUGGGUUUCAGCUGUUCUUGUCCCUAUGACUACACAGGGAAAUUCUGCAGUAGCCGUGUCACAUUCUGUGCAAGUGGCCCGUGUGAGAAUGGAGGGACAUGCAGUGAACACCCCCAGGGAGGAUUCGAAUGCAUCUGUAAGCCAGAAUUUGUUGGUGCAACCUGCAGACAUCCCAGCAAAAACACAAGCCUCUCUGGAGUGAAUAUGGAGACAAGGAAUAGGCAGAAUUACAAGCCACCCCCAAAAGUUCAUCACAGAUCAGUGCAUCAUCAACAAGAAAUCCUGAAAAUAACAAUGAAAGAAACAAUCCAAAAUGCAGAUCCCUUGCUCAGUAGAAGCCAGGUGAUAUGUUUUGUUGUACUGGGCUUGCUUACAUGCCUUGUUGUCUUGGGUACAACCGGGAUUGUGUUUUUUUCAAAAUGUGAAAUGUGGCUUGCUAAUGCCAAAUAUAGUCAUCUGCUACGCAAGAAAAAGAACUUUUUUCUGAAAUCUAACAAUGGGGAAAAUCUCUCAGUUAAUAUUAUCUUCCCAGAGAAGAUCAAAUUGACUAAUUACACUAAGAACUACACUGCCAUCUAG